AUCAGACAAACAAGACACACAAACGAAGUAUGGAGAGUUUUACAAUGAUGUAUGUUCUUUUAAUUUUGAUGCGAAUUUCGGACAUAUAUUGUCAUGCUUUAAUGAAGCGUAGUUAUUCGAGUGGUGAAGGAGUUGCUCCACAAACCUGCGGUACUGAUAACGUAAACUUCUACUGCCCCUACGCCGAUCCCAACAACAGGUGUAAACCACGACGCCAACGCUGCAAUCGAAACAACAUCUGCAUUAACCCAAGUACAAGGAAAGAAGAAGACUGUUCAGAAACGUCUAAUCCUGGAGAAUAUUAUGUACUCCUCGGCCAUGCGAAGCUGUCUGAUUCUUCCAGCAAAAAACGAAGUAUCAAAACGAAUCUGGAACAUCCAUUUGUUACAUUUCGAGGAUUUACCUAUGAGUUUGGGGUAUCGUAUGGGGUCCAAGUGCUCGAUGUUGCUGAUCCAAAAUAUAAAUAUAAAAGUGGCAAGAAUUUGAACAGUAAAGGAAUCGAAAAGUUCGGCCGCAGCUACUGCAAUUGGGAAGAUGCAAACAAAGUCGUUGACGGGUGGAGAGAUGAAAAAUACCAGCUAGUGUUAAAUAACUGUCAGCAUUUUGCAGAAGCUAUGACUGAUGUACUGAUUUACGGCCCUUGCAAUCGACCCAGCGUUUCACGAGGUAAACGUCAGGAUAACGAGAUCGAGCUCACCAAGUAUAUUGAUCAACAGCUGCGAAAUUGUUCCCUGGUGUGUUGCUAUGAUGUUUCGUCUGCUACAACAUCAAUUCAAGCUCACAAUUCGUAUUUAUUGGCGAUUUUCGUUUUCCUCGCGAUGACCAACAUUGGUAUCAGCGUGUAAAUUGCAAAUACUAUCGAUCAGGUUAUUAUAAACUUUGUAGCAAUUUUGAAACAACAAAACGCGAACGUAUCCCUUUGAACAUAUAUAAUUUUUAUUGUCAACUUACUUCUUGUAUGCUUCCAUUUUAGUAAUAAACAUAACACAAUAUUAAUAUAAUGCAAAUGCCUGCAUUCACGGCCUGUAUAUACCAGGCGUCUAAGGGCGUUUCCCUGUUUGAAAAUACAGCGGUGAAACUGCAUUUUUCGUGCUAGGCAGAUGUAAAUAUUGAUAUACUUGAAUACAGAUUUCUUAAAACACUCAAAAGUGUGAGUAAUCUGUCUGUACUGAAACACAACAGGACCGGUCUGGCCGUUUUUACCGUAUAAAGGAAAGCGCCCUAAGACAGGUCGUAAACAGUUUAAUCUGUUUUGAUAGAUUAAAGAUUCUGAUUCCACAAAAAAAUUGU